AUGCUGUCCAUCCAAGCCUAUAUAACCGAGACCCUCGGGAGGCGGUUCAUCGACUCGCGCCCCUUGGACUUGCGCGCCGUGGAAGCGGAGUCAAGCCCCCGCACACCUGUGAUCGCCAUGCUCUCGGGAGGGUCGGGCCCUGCCCAGGCGAUCCUCGGCCUCGCAAAGCGGCGAGACCGGGCGGUGCUCACGAUCUCCAUGGGCCAGGGGCAGGACGAUGCUGCGCGCAGGCUGGUGCAGACGGCCGUCACGCAGGGCUGCUGGGUGCUGGUCCAGAAUGGCCACCUCGGGCUUGGCUUAAUGGAGCAGCUCGAGGAGAUGAUGGCUCGCUUCGAGGACGUGCCGACCGGAUUCCGGCUGUGGAUCACCUCGCAGCCGCACGACCGCUUCCCUUUGGGCCUCUUGAAGCGGUCGACCAAGGUGGCCGACGAGCCUCCGCGUGGGGUCCGCGCUCGACUCAAGCGCAUGUACGCGACGAUGCCGCCCGAGCUGCUCGAUGCGGCGUCUCAGCCCGCGGACCGGAAGGCGCUGUACGCGCUCGCCUUCAUGCACUCUGUCGUGCAGGAGCGUCGGAGCGGCUUUCGCGCCCCAUACGACUUUGGACCCUCGGACUGGCUCGCGGCGGCGCGCGACCUGGUCCGCCGGCUCGCAGAGGCGCGCCAACACUCGCAGCCGCUGGACUGGGCCGCGGUGCGCUACAUGGUGUGCGGCGUGUACCACGGCGGGCGGGUCGCCGAUGAGUGGGACCGGCGGCUGCUUCACGCCUACAGCCAGCUGUGGCUCACUCCGCGCGUGGUCGACGCCGGCUUUGAGUUCCACCCCGGCUACGGCAGCUCCGAAUCGGGCGAGGUUGAGGGGCACCGACGGCACAUCGAGGGGCUGCCCCACCGGGACGAUCCUGCUCUCCUCGGGCUCACCGCCGGCGCCGAUCGCUCGCUCCGCACGGCUGAGGCGCACGGAGUACUCACGGCUGUGCUGAGUGUCGAGCCCAAGGGCGACAGCCAUGAGGCCACUCGAGAAGAGGCUGAUCUGGAGCAGGUGAGGGCACUGAGGGCAAGCCUCCCCACCGCGCCGGACCCGGGCGCCGUCCGCCUGGCCAUGAAGGCGCUCGGUGCUCGGCCACUCCACGUCGCGCUGCGGCAGGAAAUUGAGCAGAUGCGCCGGCUGCUAACGGCGGCCGGCGAGACGCUCGACGGCCUCGAGCGGGCCAUGCAGGGCGCGAUCGCCCUGACGCCGCAGCUUGCCGACGCAAUGGGGUCGAUCCGUCUCGCCGCGGUGCCCGCAGGGUGGGCGCGUGCGUCGCAGAUGUGUUCGCAUGGGCUCGGCUCUUGGAUCGCCGAGUUGCGGCGGCGGAGUGAGCAGCUCACCAAGUGGUUGCAUGGCCACCGGCCAGCCUGCUUCUGGCUGGGCGGCUUGUUCAACCCGCAGGGCCUCCUCGCUGCCAACCGCCAGGAGGUGUGCCGCGGGCGACUCAAGGAGGGCUGGACGCUUGGCGACGUGGUCGACGACGUCAGAGUGCUGAACGUCGACGAGGAGGAUGUGCGGAAGCCGCCGGAGGAGGGCGUCUACAUAUGCGGCGUGCACCUCGAGGGAGGCACGUGGGAUCGCCGGCUGCAGCAGCUCGACGAGCCGCACCCCACGGAGACGCAGGCGCCACUGCCGGUGCUGCACGCCACGGCCGCCUUGCGGUCGGCCGCGAGGGGUGGGCGAGUAGCGAGCUACGCGUGCCCGUGCUACGCCAACGCCAGCCGGGACCGCUUCCUCUUUGAAGUCGAGCUUCCGAGCGCGGAUGAGCCGGCAAAGUGGCUGAUGCGGGGAGUGGCCAUGAUCGCCAGCGUGGGAAAGGAGGAUGGGUAG